GCAAACGCAGGAUGCGGCUGACGUGCAUUCUCGUAUUAGAAAUCUGGACCUCAGAAUUCAGAAUUCCAGUAUAUUAUUCCGCUUCUAUACCAAUUGUAUGCGGACUUUGAGCUUGUUUUAUCUUGAAGAUCACAAAAAGGCGAAAUCUUUGGAAUCAAUUGUGGCGGAUUAGACGUAUGAGCUCCAAAUAUGGCAGAUGAAUCCCAAGAUGCAUCCUUCACAUCAUUUUGGCACCGAUCUGUUGAUAAGAUCUCAUCCCAGAAGGUUAAAUUUAUGCCAAAUAUCACGAGACUUAAGACUUUCAAGGAUGCGAAUAGCGAAGCAAAAUCUGGUACAGCUCAAAAACAGCAUAGACGAGCUCAAGUUCGACGAGCUCAAAUAGAACAUCGACAGCGAAAAGAGAACUACGUCAAGCAUCUUGAGGAAGAUUUGAUACGUCUUAGGGGGAUGAUUACUACAACAGAAGCUGAAAGUUCGGCCUUGAUGAAAGAAAAUAUAGCGAUAGAAUCGACGCUAGCAGCUUCAGGUAUUAAGAAUCUGUCUGAUUUGAAAUCACGAGUUGGAAAGAUAUCUGGCGACCAAGCAAUCGAUUUGCUUCCUCCACAAGAAUACGAACCACUCCGCGACCUUACUACCUCCAAUGCAACCCAAGAGAUAAGGCCUACCAUUAGAACCGUCGACUACGAGUCAGAAAAUGAUAGACUUUCCAGCUAUAUCAGUGGUAUGCUUACUCAGGACAGUGAGCCGCUCACUAGUUACUUCUCCGACAAUCACAAUGUACCAUACUCAAGUAAUUCAUCUGGUUCUCAUAUCAGUAUUCAAUUCGAUGAGUUCCUAAAUGCAUCUUGCCUUUAUAUUAGCGAUUCAUCCGAAAAUUCUACCAAAGACCAUGGGGCAAUUGAUCUUUCCAAACCUCUUCCACCACUUCCCGGCCAAAUAUUGCUACCUGGAAAUGCAGUACAGAAACCAUUACCUGACAUAUCGCUUGUAGCGAUCAGUUUCAUUCUGGCUCUCGAACACCCUUGUCGCACCCACUUUCACCAUAUACCAGAUACUCCUCUCCCUCUCGAUCCCGCCGGGGAUCCAUCCGGUCACGAGCUCAUGGCCUCAACACAUAUCUUCGCUCAAGCACCGCUUGAAGCAUUUAAUGAAUCAACUUCCGAAGUUUCGUGGUUUUCUUCUUCUGUUUCUUUGGCUCAGCUAUAUGCCAUGUCGCAGUCGCUACCUGUUUCAGACUUUGAGAUUACUCCUGUCCAGGCUUGGUUUAUGAUAGCCGAGAAAUAUCAUAGUGAUAUUGAGAAGGUAGUUGAAACACAAAAUAUGAAUAAUCUAAAGAGAGGUCUGGGUAGUCUAUCUCGCUGUUACCAGUUUGGGGCUGUGAUGGCCGUUGACAGCUUUUGGGAGGUAGUGGAUAACGUUAUGACACAAAAGUGGACUUGA